CUAUGUAUAUAUAUUGAGCCUACACCCCUCACUCUUUUCUCCAUUACCAGUAACCCUCCACUCCUCUUUCUUUCUCUCUUUCUCUCUCCCCUCUCUCACACUUCACACAGAUUCACACAGUUUCGCCAUGGAAAUGGAGUUCAUGGCAGAAUUCACGGAGGGUAUGAGUCGUGAUCGAGCUCGCCAAAUCAUUAGAGGUAAACGAACAAAACGUAAUCGGCCUUGUUCGCCUUUUGGGAUUUCCACCACCUCCGGCAACAGUGACUGUUUGAUUAAUAACUUUACACCUGAUCACUCGCCGGUGAUGUCAUCUGAGAUGUCAACGGAGGAAGACGAAGACAUGGCGAAUUGUUUGAUUAUGUUGGCUCAAAGUGUAUCUCCGGUCAAGGAGGAAAAAUCCGAUCAGAUUCGUCAGAAAACCGAGAAGUUAAGUAGUCGGAGAUUUACAGAGAUGGCGGUUUCUUCCGCCGGUGGAAAAGCUGGGUUCUAUGUGUAUGAGUGCAAAACGUGUAAUCGUACGUUUCCGUCGUUUCAAGCUUUAGGUGGACACAGAGCAAGUCAUAAGAAGCCGAAGGUUAACGUAGAAGAGAAGAAAUCUGGUUUGAUUAAUAUUCAACCGCCAUUGAUGGAAUAUUCUGAUGAAGAUCAACACAAAGUCGUGGUAGAAGACGAAGAAAACAAGAACAGUUUGAUCAUCAGUAAUAACGUCCAGAAAUCUCCUUCAUCUUCACCGGGUUUGAUUCAAACAGGAAUUAUUAAUAACAACACCAGAGGAAAAGUUCAUGAAUGUUCAAUAUGUGGAUCGGAGUUCUUAUCCGGCCAAGCUCUCGGCGGACACAUGAGAAAACACCGGCCAACUCCACCGGCGAUCAACAGAAGUACUGGAAUCUCAACAAACACCGACGACAGCAGUACUGAUAAUCAUAUAAUUGAAAAUUCUCCGGUGGGUAAUAGUAUGUUAUCGUUGGAUCUUAACCUUCCGCCACCGGAGGUGGCUGACGACGUUCAAUCACAGUUUCAGUUUACUGCGAGUUCUUCACAACAACAUCUAGUUUUCUCUGCUCCAGCUUUAGUAGAUUGCCAUUACUGAAAGCAAGAAAGAAGAAAGAAAAGGUCAACAUCACAAUUCAAAAACGCUACUUACAUCAAGAUCAAUGUGAAAUAUUACAUUUUCAAUUGUUAUUACUAUUCAUUGACAAUUAAUUAAUCCAAACUGAUUCUUCUCA